UGCCCCCAAUUUAAAUGUGAUUAUUUUUUCUAAUUGUCGUAAGCAAUCUAUGUUGAAAUGCUUAUAAAAAUUUCAAUCACAACGAAAUUUUUUUUCAUUUUCUAGGUUUUUUAAUGUUCCAUAGUUCGGAAUUCAAACAAUAUUUUACGCUUGUCAAAAAAAAGGAAUAAGUAAAAUAGAUGGAAGUGUAAUAAAGAAUUUACGAAACAUUAAAAUUCAUAGUUGUAAUUAUUUAUGAUAUUAUUAUUUUAUCAAGUUAGGACUUCUAAUCCAUUUCUUGUCCAAGUAUUUUCAUAGUUUAGAUAUAUAUUUAUAUAGCACAUUGAUGUUAACCAAUAACCAUGGCUUUUGUUUAAUUCGUUGUCAAAGAUUUGUGUAAUUAUAAUAUUUAAGAAAUUUUUGAUUUAGAUUAUAAUAUUUUGUUCCAGUGUUGUAUAUUUUAAAAUUUACCUUUUUUAAAGGGUUAAAAAAUGAUCAAUCUAACUUAAACCAUUUUCAUCUUGAGUUUCAGUUAAUUUUUUUAUUUUCCCUUGCUUAAUGCUUUUAAACGUUGAUUCAGAUAUUUUCUCCAGAUUUAUAAUUUUCCACUCUUAGCUGUGAUUUAUUUUUUUUCAGAAAAUGGUAAGAAAUAGAAACUAGAUAAUGUCUGAGGGAAGGAAGGACGAGGAAAAGAACAUGGAGAAGGAGGAGAAGGGGGAGAAGGAAAAAGAUUCUGACAUGGAGAAACUGGAUAAGGAGGAAACAAAAGAACCCAAAAUAAAUGAGAAAGAGGACGAAGAGGGUAAAUCUGAAACCAAAAAAGGAAAUGAGGAGAAUGAAAAGAGUUUAGAGAAAAAGGAGAAGAAGGAGACUGCGGUAAAACUAGAAUCUCCCGAGGAAUCCCAAACUUCAAGUUCUUCUCCUGGAAGGUCCUCUGAGACCCUGCAGACCAGGAUGGAGGAGUACUUCUCCCAGAUGUCCGACCAGUACACAGCAUACCAGGCACUUGCUGCUCAAGCUGCUAUUACUCAGCAGCUGCAAGCUGCCGGAGCUACCUCUCAAGCACUAGCUACCCAAGCAGCUCUAGCCCAAUAUGUUCAGCAGAUGCAGAGUAUAUCUAGCAGCAGUAGUAGUAGCAGUACUAACAGUUGGGGAUCUACUGCUGCUAAACCCCUCACUAACAUGUUGUCCAAUAUGGCGAUGCUGCAGGCGGCGGGUGGUUACGCACAAGCUCAGGCGAUGGUGGCGGCUAUAUCCGCCUCGACCUCACCUCGAGGGCGGGGGCGGGGCAGCAGAGGCGGAGGAAUCUCGCCUAGAGGACGGAAAAUUGGCGUGAAACUGAAACGUCUGGAUGGAACAGAAUAUGUCCGAGGAGGGGGAGGACGGGGUAGUCGGGGUGGUCCUGGUAUCCGGGCUAGGAAACGAGAAGGUGCUUUCAACAGUGAUUAUCUCUACUAUAUGCAACAACAACAACAAUCCUCUUCAUCCGCAGACAUCGGGGCUUCAAGGUUUCAAACAUCUCCUGGAUCCACUCCUAUGCCUCCAGAUGAUAGUGAUAACGCGAGUUUAGCGAGUAUUGAUGAACAAUUCUACACUGAAGCCUAUCCGUCCAAACUUUGUGCAUUCUGUAAUCUUAGUGAAAAAAGCUUCUUGGGUCAGGGUGAAAUGGUUCGGUAUACUGCUAGUGAAGUUAAUCUGUUAGAGUUUGCAGAAAAGCGAAAAACCGCGCAAUCAGAACAAGACCGGCCUGAGAGCCCGAGUGACCGAGGGAAAAGUCCCAACGGAAUUUUCGCGCGAAGAAAAAUCCGCAAAUUUUUCAGCGGAGAUCAGGGCGAGCCGGUUGACGAGCUCGAUAUGAUCGGGUUCCAAGUGGAAGUUGACGUCUCGCUUGUUUUUGAAUCAAACCGAGUUUUCUACGCUCACUUCAACUGCGCUCUAUGGUCCGGGGGCGUGCUCAAGUCCAAGAUGGAAACUGAGACAGAAAAGGAAGGAAGCACUAGUAGUACACCAUUGUUGAAGUUUGUCUCUCAGGCCGUCCUCAACGGGAUAACUACAAGAUGUUCCCACUGUAAACACUAUGGUGCUAGUGUCCCCUGCAAGGCUAGUGACCGGGUCUACCACUGGCCGUGUGCUGUCGCCUCCGGGGCGUUCCUAGAGAAAUCCUCCCUCGUCAUGGUCAGCGUGGAGGCAUAUGACAAGGUGGCGGGUAUCGCCACUAAUGCAGUUUAUCUCUACUACACUGGUACACAGUGGAAAAUUGGAAAGGUGUGUGAGAUCCCUGCCAGUAAGCUAGAAAACCUGUUGUACUGUACAACCUGCGGUCAGCACUACCUGUACUCUGGAGCUCAUAUUAAGAUAACAGAAAGGAUCCGGGGAGGCUGGCAAUGCCAGAAAUGUAAAUCCUGCCAGAACUGUCGUCUUUCAGGUAACGAGGAUCGAUAUCUUCUCUGUGAUGUGUGUGAUGGAGCAUAUCAUGCAUACUGUCUUAGACCCCAGAUGGCAAGUGUACCUAAGAAUGGUUGGAAAUGUAAGAGAUGUCGACGCUGCACUGAUUGUGGGAGCAAGACCCCCGGGUCCGGUCAGAGUAGUAGAUGGCAUAAUAAUUACUCGGUCUGUGAUUCAUGCUACCAACAGAGGAAUAAGGGGUUGGCGUGCCCUUGUUGUGGGCGCGCAUACCGACACUCUGCGCAGCGUGAGAUGAUGCAGUGCUCGACCUGCAGGAAGCACGUCCACAGUGCUUGUGAUCCAGACGCCAGCGAAGACAAGGUUUUGGAGAAACGAGCCGAGCAGUUCACCUACAUGUACGUGUGUAAGAUCUGUAAAGGACAGCAAACGAUGAAAUCUCCUGGCGUGGUCGCCGGCAAUACCUUCAACGCUCCGAUAUCAAGAACAUAUGAUGAUCCAUCGCCGGCCGACGAAGAGAGUCAGCAAAUAAAAACCGUGGUUUCUCCUGGGGCACCCAACAGAGCUUACCAGGUUUAA